CCAUACUUAAUUUAGAGUUGUAUAUUUGAUAUCAUCCUGGCUUAGGAUAUUUGAAUUCACGAAAUGUCUCAUAGAAAUUUAACGGAAUUAUUUUUUAUGCUAAGAAACAAUAUUUUGUACAACAAGAACGUUUAUUCAGACACGAAAAAUUCCGAUAAUAUUGCUCUUCUCGACCGAGGAUGCAGUGAAUCCAGUAACAAUGUUGAACAGCCAAAGUGGAUGGGAAAAUAUGACGAGAUACAUUAUUUUCUUACCAAGCUUAAGACGAAGAUUGAUUACCUAUUACAAAUCCAGGGAUCUUCAGUUCGUUCUGUGCUCAGCGAAAACUCAGAGAAUGAAUUGAAGGUUCAAGAAUGUGCCAAGGACAUAUCUAAACUAAUAGCUACCUGCCACAGUAACAUAAAGGUUUUAAAAUUAUCCACUAGAAGUCAGAAUCGUCUUGAAAGUAUCUUGCUGCAAAAUGUAGAAAGAAAAUUAUUGAUAUCGUUACAGUAUGCGACUGAACGGUUUCAACGGAGCCAGACGGCAUACAUGGACGAGCAAAACAAUAUGGAACAAAAAUCUAAGGUGUUUUUUGAGAAUAUUUCAACAAACGUUGAUUCAAUCGGUAAUAAUUCUGUGGAUACCUUCGACAACUUUCUCAAUAUGAACGUAUCAUUAUCAUCAUCGAAGGGCAAUCCCUAUGAUAACGAUGAUGAAAAACUGGAUGACUAUUUUCAACUACCCGCGUCAGGUAUGAGUAUAAAUCAAAAACAACUAAUGCUCAUUGAAGCUGGAAAUACCAAAAUGAUUCAAAGUCGAGAGCAGGAAGUAUCGAAAAUAGUAAAUUCUAUUGUUGAUUUGAAUACGGUUUUUAAAGAUCUUUCGCAUUUAGUACAGGAGCAAGGUACAAUAUUAGACAGAAUUGACUAUAAUAUAGAAUCAACUCAAACCAAGGUUUUUGAGGGAUACAAACAGCUUCAAAAGGCUGAGAAAUACCAAAGAAAAAACAAGAAAAUGUAUUGCAUACUUAUUUUAGCGAGCAUGAUUAUGUUCAUGAUAAUUUUAACUAUAUUCACCAAUUUCUAAUCACAGCAAAUAAUAACGCAUAUUACAAUACAUGAUGUGCCUUUA